AUGAAGCCCUACGCCAGCCUCGGCGCCAUGUCGGCGCUCGUCCAACUGAGCCACGCCAAUCUCGAUAUCGUCACCCUCCUCACUCCCAGUGGUAAUUUCAUUCAGGAAGCUGCCGCCACACUCGUCGUUGGAGACAUUCCUAAUCCCGUCACCGGAGAUGUUGCCUUGUGGAGUGCGAUAAUGAUGGACAGGCAGGACUUCCUGCAGGGAGUCACCCAGAAUUCGCCCCCGGGACUAGGGUACUGCCAGGACCUUGGCCAGAACUGGUGUAAUUUCGCAUACAAGUACGGAAACGGGAAUCCCACGGCCGGCACCCCGGUAAAGGCGCCUCCCGGUUCUCGCAUCAAGACACACUAUAAGCUCAACACAGGCACGGAGCAAUGGGAGCAGAGGUUGUACAUCAAUGACCAGCUCGUUUCCGAGCUCACAUCGAGCCGAGGACAACACGGGUCGAUAUUUUACAUUUCAACAGAGUGUGCAGCGGGCAAUUGCGCUGCUGCUCCGGCGCACAGUUGGGAAGAUAUUUUCAUCACGCUUAAUCAGCCGGAUGAGCGCUUCCUCUAUCGUGGAAGCUGGGAACACGAAGCAACCGGCGGCGAGAUGUCGACGCCAGAUGGUGGGAAGACUUGGAACUUUACGACCCUUUUCGUCCCGGAGACUCGGCCUUAG